CUGGUUACUGCUCACUUCGCCGAAGCCGUACAUGCACCGCCACCUCCCAUGAACACAAUCAUAAUAUCUAAUUCCAUACAUAACCUCAAACUAAUUAUUGAAGAUGAAGAUUGAAAAGCCAAACCAAAAUAAAAAUAGUGAUUGUUCUGGUUUUGGAUUCAGUUUGUUUAUAGAAUUUUAAACUUUAUUGCACUCUUUACUCUCAAUUGUUAUAAAGUUAAUCUGAAUAGGUACCCAAUUUUAAUUGGCAUUUGAAAUAUUAUUGCAAAAAUAGUUAAUGUCGUUUAUGAACUAAAGUUGAGUGUCAGUAAGAUAGAAGAGGACAGUAAAAAUAUAUCAAUCUAUUGAAUCGUAAUUCUUUUACCUAGGAAAAUGUCGCUGUCAGCAGUAUAUCUUACAGAAGAUUUAAAAAUGGCUUGUCUUCAAUUGGCAUUAUCGACAGAAAAAGAGGAAGUGAUAGGUCUACUUAUUGGAGAGACCAAGAGGGUUGGAGACCAAAACGAAGCUCACAUUUCAGCGCUACUUAUUCCAAGACGAUUGGAUAAGAAGAAGGAUCGCGUUGAAAUAUGCGAUGAACAACUGGUGCUAGCUACUGAGUACGCAGCUCAACUAGCUGACAAACUCAAAUGCGAAAUGCGAGUACUCGGCUGGUACCACUCUCAUCCUCACAUCACCGUGUGGCCUUCCCAUGUUGAUGUUAAUACGCAAGCCAAUUACCAGCUCAUGGACUCAGAUUUUGUUGGUGUCAUCUGCUCAGUUUUUUCCGAAGACAAAACCUCAAAGACCUGGGAUGUGCAGUUGACUUGCUUCCAAUCGCGGCUAUCAGAAAGCGAUGAAGGUCAUCCCUACGAGCGACUCGAAAUUCCUCUUUACAUCAAAUCCGCUGAACAUUCCGAAUCAAACUGUUUGGAGACAAUUUGUGGAUUGCAAGAAAUAUUGCAUAUGGAGGAAAUGGAUUUCUAUUCGGAAACUGAUCAUGAAAACUUGGAUGUUAUGACAAAAAUUCACAAUGAAAUGGUAUUAACGAAAACACUCCAUCAUAUAGUGGAAACCAUUUCCUUGCCGCUACUGAAAACUUUGGAAACUCAAUUGGCAGUUAACAAACACAGGUAUACGCUACUUGAGAAACAGAGGAAACUGCUGGAUUCGACCGAUGAGAAAAGUUAAUUAUGAUUCAUGAUACUUAUAUAUUAUUUGAUUUAUAACUUUAUUGCAAAAAAUAAUUUUAAGCCAAUACCAUCGAAUAAUUCCAUACUAUAAUUUGUAUUCUAUGUAAGUUCAAUAAACGCUAUUUGCAAGUGUC